AGUGCCGUUUGACAGAUAUGGGAAGAGAAUACAUCGGGAAGGUAAAUGAGACAGUAUCAGGAAAGGAGUGCCUGAGAUGGGACUCUAAGGAUUUCGGAACACCCAAUGACUCUCUCGCAAACGUUACGUAUUCUGAGCACUUUUCCAACCUGGAUACCUGGUCUCACCAGAACUACUGCCGCAACCCAUCUGGAAAAGAGAGGCCAUGGUGUUUCGUCAUGGACGAAGAUGCAGAAUGGGAAUAUUGUGAUAUCCCCAUGUGCACGGAUGAGGGUAAUUAUUUAUUCAUAGCCCCCUCGUCUUCUUUCAUAUGCCCCCAUCACUUGCUAAUUGAUGCACCUGAGGAAUGGAGUUUUGUUGUAUAUUUUGUUGAACACCCUCCAGAGUGCAAGAUAACUCAACAGGGCGGUGAAUACAUUGGAAGAACGAACGUGAGCCAUUCAGGGUUGGCGUGCCAAGAAUGGAUGGAACCUUGGAGCAUAAUAAUCCCUGGAAACGGGACAUUCUUCCUACCGGCAUUUCCGGAUUACGGAGAAACUAGGGAGUCCCACAACUUCUGUCGUAACCCUGAUGCAGAUGCCGCUCCUUGGUGUUUCAUUGAGGAUGAAUAUCUUGUCUCUGAAUACUGUGACAUCCCCUUCUGCAAGGUCCGAGAAGUUCAAGGUGGGCCCCAGGGGAAUGUGUAUCCCGAAUGCAGACUGACAGAAAAAGGGAAGGAAUAUGUGGGGACCAACAGUGUGACCGAGACGGGAAAGCCUUGCGUGGAUUGGGAAAAAAAUCCAUAUGGUAUGCCGUGGGAUUUCUUCAACAUAGAAGCGGGAUAUCCGGAUCACUUCAUCUAUUCCGACCCAGCAAUCCACAAGAAUUAUUGCCGGAAUCCUGCUCUGUACAGGGAUAAGCCUUGGUGCUUCAUCUCUCAACCAGACAUCGAGUGGGAAUACUGCGACAUUCCCUUAUGUCAGAAUCUCGAGCCGCCGGAAUGUAAAUUGACAACAAGCGGCGGUGAGUACGUUGGAAGGCAGAAUACUACCAUUUCGGGAUUUCGAUGCCAACAUUGGCUGGCAUCGAAACCUUCGUUUCACUAUCAGAUUAUCCGAUCACUAUCGACAUUUCCUGACGAAGUUGACGGGAGACACAACUUUUGCCGCAACCCUGAUAACUUUGGCCAUGGCCCAUGGUGUUAUUCGAAGGAUUCGAAGGAGGGCUGGGAGUAUUGUGAUGUGCCCUUUUGUCCCAAGACAGAAGGAGAACGAUGCGAUGUUCGUGUCUCAGGAAAUUGCAUAAGUCCAUUGGAGUGCAAAGAUACCCUAAUUGGAGACAUGUACAUUGGAACGAAGAACAUCACGAAAUCAGGUUUACCUUGCCAGCGGUGGAUGAUCAUUUCAUCUAAUACCAAAUCUUCUGACUUUUGGUACCGGAGCCCUGAAUCGUUUCCUGACAACAUGCAUCCUUCUCACAACUUUUGUCGUAAUCCUAAUUUCAAUCCGGAGGGGCCUUGGUGUUACAAUGGAGCUGGAACGGAUCCAUUUUGGGAAUAUUGUGACAUCGAAUUUUGC